GUGUUGCUUCCUCGUAUACUACAGCUAGCUUAAUGCUAGUAUGAAAAGCCCACGAUCACUUCUGAAGGACGGAAAGAAACACCGCCACUGAUCGGAACACUUUACCAUCCUUUCAUUUAGUCUCAGUGAGAAAUAAGACAUUAGCGGAAAAUUCAGCAAAAGAAGCCUUGGGUCAUGUCAGGACAGAGGAAAGGAGCUGCAGCUAAGCUGCCUAAAUGUGCCUUCUGCAGGACCAACCGGGAUAAGGAGUGCGGGCAGCUGCUAGUGUCCGACAUCCAGAAGGUGGCGGCCCACCACAAGUGCAUGCUUUUCUCCUCUGCCUUGGUCACGUCUCACUCAGACAGUGAAAAUAUUGGAGGCUUUUCCAUCGAGGAUGUGAAGAAGGAGAUCAAGAGGGGAAAUAAAUUGAUGUGCUCUUCGUGUCACAGACCGGGAGCUACAAUCGGCUGUGAUGUGAAGACGUGCAGGAGGACGUAUCACUUUUAUUGUGCUGUGAAGGACAAGGCCCAGAUCAAAGAGAAUCCCUCACAAGGGAUUUACCUUGUUUACUGCCGCAAACACCGGGAUGCUUCUCAAGACGGCUUUCAAGAUGAAGAGGAAGGUGUGGCCAAUGAUUCAGACUCAUCAGCACCACAAAGUAGAGGCCGGGGAAGGUUUGAGAAGGGGAGAGCUAAGGUCGGAUCUCGUGGCCAAUCAGAAGACGCUCGCUCGGCGUCCUCACAGGCUGCAGAUGAAGAAAGCUCCUCCCAUCGGGACAGGUCUCCUCUGCGGGCCAGCCCAGGAGACGGUGGCCAGCGAUGUGGCUUUUGUCACGCAGGUGAUGAAGAGAAUGGAACAAGAGGAAUGCUUCACACCGACAACUCAAAGAAAGUGGCUGCACACUACAAGUGCAUGCUCUUUUCAUCGGGGACAGUGCAGCUGACGACAACAUCGCGGGCGGAGUUUGGAAACUUUGAUGUGAAAACAGUCAUCCAAGAAAUCAAGAGGGGGAAAAGAAUGAAAUGCACCCUGUGCACUCAGUUGGGUGCUACCAUUGGGUGUGAAAUCAAGGCCUGUGUGAAGACCUACCACUAUCACUGCGGCCUGCAGGACAAAGCAAAGUACAUUGAAAACAUGGCGCGUGGCAUCUACAAACUAUACUGUAAAAACCACAGUGGGAACGAGGAGAGGGACGAGGAAGACGAAGAACGAGAGAAUCGCAGUAGAGAGAGAGCAGCGAUUGACCACCGGGGAACACCAUCAACACAAGUGAACGGCAACUAGGUUGACAUUUGGGAUGAAACGUGGGGUGAAAACAGAAGAACUCACAGUCGAGCAAGUGAUAUGUUUUUAUACUAAAUCUUAGCCUACUCACAAACCGUGGUCUUUAGGCUCCCGUGAUUUGUCCUUACAGCUUCUUCCGGUAAAUAGACAGGAUGCCCAAAUGUUCACCAGAUGUCUUCUUCAUGACUCCAUGUUCUGAGUUGGCUAGAUGAUCUGUUGACUGACUGAUGGUUCUUUGCAAAGCACUGGACUGCUGCAGGAUCAAGAAAAGUCAUUACCAACCUUUCCAAAAGUCUGAGAUGGGCUCAACUUUCAAAUACACGUAUUCUUGCUGUGAAUAAGAUGUAAUGGACUGAUCGUUUGAUUGUCACUUGCCACACAUCCCCACGGCCUACAUGCUCCCACACUUGCUGAAAUGGAUACAUUCUUGCUCUUCCUUUGUUACGAAAGGACUCAUUUUUAAGAGGGGUCUGUUUUGUUACUCGUCUCUCUAUCAAGUCGUGCAGUUUGAUGACUUUGUUUCUGUAAUCAUGUCUUAAGAAUACUCUUUUGAUGUUAGCCUUUUUAUUUUCUUGAUAUGUCAUAUUUUGCUACUGUAUUAUCAUUAUGAAUCAUUUUUAAUAUCUGGAUUUCAGACAGUCACAGUUACAAGUUCUGCCAGCAUGCACUUGUACUUUCUCACUGUUAAAGGAAACAUUUUCUUAUUUAGCUGCUAGAGGGCAGAGUAGAGCUCCUCAGCAGAUUUGGCUUGAAUUUGUUUGAUGUACUAUUACUUGUAUCUCGACAAAUGUACCCAUGGAUGAUUUGAAAUAGAAAAGAUUUUAUUUUACACAA